AUGUAUGAUUUAUUUGGCUACAAGUUGAUAGAUGGUAUGAACAAAAGGAACCCUUCAUUCAUGGUUGGCCUUUUCACCCAGAUUGGACCUUUAUCAUGCUUCAUAUCAAAACAUUCAAUACCCUCGGACAUGGAGUAUGCACCAGAUGGUAAUCCUCCUUGCUACAAGAGUCAAGAUGAGGAUGUUGUGAUCCAGCAAGAUGAUAAGAUACGGCUGAAGAUAGUUGGAACCAGAGUAGAUGCUACAGAUAUAUUUGCAAUAGGAACUCUCAUGGAUGAUUACUUAGGCCUGACUUAACAUGGGAAACAUGUUUACAUGUAUCGACACUUGCAUUUUUUAAUUUCCAUCAUGAAGGUAUUUUGUAUGUGUAAAUUUGUUUUUUGUAAUGAUAAUAAAAUAUUAAUUAUAUAAAUUA